UUCCUCUCUCUUCCUCUGCCGCCAUUCGUGAAACUCUUCUCUGUCUCUCUCUCUCUCUCUCUCUCUCUCUCUCUUCAUUUUCUCUUAUCAACGCCUGCGAAAAUGCAAUCAAUGAACACCAAUGACGUCAACUACGAACACGAUCGAGGUCUUGCUAAAGAUUUUCUCGUGAAUUUUGCUGAUAUCCAUGGAGAAGCGAAAUAUAUGAAUAUUCUCCAAGAUGUGGCUAAUCGGAAGGUUCGAGCUAUAGAGAUAGACCUAGAAGAUUUAUUCAGUUACAAGGAUUCAGAUGAUGAUUUUGUGAGGAAAGUAACAGAGAAUACAAAAAGAUAUAUUGGAAUCUUUGCUGAUGCCAUCGAUGAGCUUAUGCCGGAGGCGACAGAGCCAUUCCUUGAUGAUGAUCACGACAUUUUGAUGACUCAGAGGUCCGAAGAAGGGACUGAGAAUGCUGACGGAUCUGAUCCUUCUCAGAAAAUGCCCCCGGAAAUCAAGCGGUUCUAUGAGGUUUACAUACAAGCAUCUUCAAAGGAUCGACCAUUUACUAUUCGAGAAGUCAAGGCUUCUUACAUCGGUCAGCUUGUCAGAAUAUCAGGGAUCGUGACUCGCUGCUCAGAUGUCAAGCCUUUGAUGCAAGUGGCUGUUUAUACAUGCGAGGAUUGUGGUUUUGAAAUAUAUCAGGAAGUAACAGCCAGAGUAUUCAUGCCUCUUUUUGAAUGCCCAUCAAGGCGAUGUAAAACAAACAAUACUAAAGGAAACCUUAUUCUUCAGCUAAGAGCAUCAAAAUUCAUGAAAUUUCAAGAGGCGAAGAUUCAAGAGCUAUCUGAACAUGUUCCAAAAGGGCACAUUCCAAGAUCCAUGACGGUCCAUCUUAGAGGCGAACUUACUAGAAAGGUUGCACCUGGUGAUGUUGUCGAACUUUCAGGAAUAUUUCUGCCAAUCCCGUAUACUGGAUUUAGAGCUAUGAGGGCUGGUUUAGUGGCAGACACAUACUUGGAAGCUAUGUCUGUCACUCACUUCAAACGAAAAUAUGAAGAGUAUGAGCUGAGAAGUGAUGAGGAAGAACUCAUUGGUCGUUUAUCUGAGGAUGGGGAGAUCUAUAACAAGUUAGCACGAUCAUUGGCCCCUGAAAUUUUUGGGCAUGAAGAUGUAAAGAAAGCCUUACUUCUGCUCCUUGUUGGAGCUCCUCACAGAAAAUUAAAAGAUGGAAUGCAAAUUAGGGGAGACUUGCACAUUUGCAUGAUGGGUGAUCCCGGUGUUGCAAAAAGUCAGCUAUUGAAACAUAUAAUUAAUGUAGCACCAAGGGGUGUAUACACCACAGGGAGAGGAAGCAGUGGAGUUGGUCUUACUGCUGCUGUGCAAAGAGACCCAGUUACCAAUGAAAUGGUCCUUGAAGGCGGAGCACUGGUGCUAGCAGAUAUGGGUAUAUGUGCUAUUGAUGAGUUUGACAAGAUGGAAGAAUCAGAUCGCACAGCAAUACAUGAAGUAAUGGAACAGCAGACAGUAAGCAUUGCCAAAGCAGGGAUCACAACAUCAUUAAAUGCAAGGACAGCAGUUCUUGCUGCUGCUAAUCCUGCUUGGGGACGAUAUGAUCUUCGAAGAACUCCCGCUGAAAAUAUCAAUCUUCCUCCAGCCCUUUUGUCAAGAUUCGAUCUUUUAUGGUUAAUCUUAGACAAGGCAGACAUGGAUACGGAUCUAGAAUUGGCUAGACAUGUGGUUUAUGUUCACCAGAAUAGGGAAUCUCCUGCUCUUGGGUUCACUCCUCUGGAACCAUCUGUUCUUAGGGCAUACAUAGCAUCAGCAAGAAAAGUAUCUCCUUCAGUGCCUAGGGAUCUUGAGGAGUAUAUAGCCAGUGCAUACUCUAGCAUUAGACAAGAAGAAGCUCAGUCUGAUACUCCACAUUCUUACACAACUGUCAGAACACUACUUAGCAUUUUGCGAUUGUCUGCUGCACUCGCAAGACUCCGAUUUUCAAGUACUGUGGCACAGAGUGACGUUGACGAGGCACUCCGGCUGAUGCAAAUGUCAAAAUUUUCAUUAUACUCUGAUGAACGCCAAAAAUCUGGUCUUGACGCCAUAUCUGACAUAUAUUCAAUUUUAAGAGAUGAAGCCGCAAGGACCAACAGAAUGGAUAUCAGCUAUGCUCAUGCUCUCAACUGGAUUUCCAGAAAGGGAUACAGCGAAGCCCAACUAAAGGAAUGUUUAGAAGAAUAUGCAGCCUUGAAUGUUUGGCAGAUUCACCCCAAUACCUUUGACAUUCGAUUUAUUGAUGCCUGAAUCUGACAAAAAUGUAAUUUGAUGUAGCACUUGGAAUCAGUUAGCGCAAAAUUAUUGGUAGCCCUUAAAGCUGGGUUGUAACUUGUAAUUUUAUUACUUGUAAGUUGUGCGAUUAUAGAUUUGAGUAAUUUUAAGGUAGAAUUUAUUAUUCAUGAAGUUGAGAAAUCAAUAUUUAAUUAAAUCAAAUGCAACUCCUAAGAGUUUCUGAGUGAAA